UCUCCCUCUAUCUCUACCCUCACUUUAAAACACAGAGCCAGCCUUGUUUGGAGUGCAGUAGCAAACUGCAGUUUUUGCCCCUCAAAGAACCACCGCAACCUUUCUUCCAUUAACUUCCCUUUCAUUUUUGGGUCCCUUCAACUGGAUGUUCGGUGUUCUACUGCCUUCUCCUUGAGUGCAAUACCAUGAGACCAGAGGGGAACUCACUAGACCUCAACAACUUGCCGGAGGAGCAUGCAGGAAAGCAACCGCUGGAGGAGAGCUCGAUGACCACCGCAGCUUCGGCUGACACCACUCGGUUUAAGAAGAAGAAGAGCGGAGGAAAGGAUGAUUCUGCAAAGGUGUAUGAGUGCCGGUUUUGUUCCCUCAAGUUCUGCAAAUCUCAAGCGCUGGGAGGGCACAUGAACCGACACCGCCAAGAGAGGGAGACGGAGACCCUCAACCGUGCUCGUCAGCUGGUCUUCAACAACGAAGGCAUCGGCAGCGCCGGUGCCAUCGGGGGUUUCAGAGAUCUAAACCUUGGAGGUUCGCAAUUCCCUCAUGGAGGCGGCGGCGGCGGCAUCGGAGACCCUUGUCUGCAGUUCCGCCCGGUGUAUCCACGGAUACCAACACAGCCACCAAUCUCACCGCAGACGCAGCAAUUCAUAUACCCGUCUUCCUCCUCGCACUCGCUCCCCCACCAUUCGCAGGCCUACCAACCUCCCGUCGGAGAUUACUACGUCGGCCAUGUCGUCCCGGGAAGCUCCCACUGUCAACUGCAUCACCCCGGCUACGGUUCUGAUUCCAGCUUCGCUUGCUUCGGAGCUCCUCCUGCUCACAGCUUUCUGAGGGAAGGAGGAGAUGGUGCACCUGGAGGACAUGGGCAUGUCCAACACAUGGAUUCCUCUUCUGUCCGGGAUAACUUUCACGGAUAGGUGGAUGGCGAGCACCACGAAUGGGCCCAAGUUGUUUAUCUCGUAGCAAAGAUGGAAGAAGCAGGCAUGCGGGAAUGAUCGCCCAAGUCAAGUCGGGUGGGUCAUAAGUUUUGUGGUGGGUUAUGCGCUUGUUACCGGUCUUUUUC